GGUAUCCACCUUCACGCAAUCAUUGAAUUUCCAUCACGACCAACUUGAUUUGUUUACAAAUAAAAUCGUUCAUUUGUCCGAUCCAGUGCAGUAAAUCAGCUCACGUUCCUAAGAAAAAGUAUGCCAUCUGUUCAGUGAAAUCGAAUAAUCUCGCACAGAUUCCAGUAACACCGCACCAGUAUUUAUCAUGAACGUUUCCGAUGGCACUGACAAACUGAAAAAACAGCCAUCGUCGCUGUACGACACGUGCAUUCGAUAUGUAGCACGAAAUCUGAAAUUAUUUAAAGACACCGGGUAUUUGCAAUCCAUACCACCGGUAGUUAAAAACACGCUCAUUGUGAACGUGACUCGCGUCCAAGGGGGAUUCCACGAUGACGACCUUCUGGAUAUGCUCCUGAAUCGGGCCGUCACCCGGAUCAACCUUUCCACCUCGACUAUCACCGAUAGGACAUUGCUUUCGCUGGCCGAAAAAUGUCCAAAUCUACGAAGCCUUACUUUGUCACAGGGAGAGUAUCGAUUCACCCGAAUCGGACUAGACGCGGUUGCACGGAGCCUUCCGAAAUUGGAACAAAUAUCUAUCAAAAAAUGCGCCCAAGUGAAUGAUGAAUUUGUGUCGCGUUUGGCUUACAAUUGUCCCAACCUUGACUUGGUGGAUCUGGAUUCGUGUUUUAAUGUGACGGAUAUUUCAGCGGAUGCGAUCAAGUAUUUAAAAUUGACCAAACUGAACCUAUCCCGGACGCGGAUAUCCGACGAAUUCCUAAGGACGAUAGCCGACGAUCAGUGUGCCCUUUCGCUGGAGGAUCUCAAUGUUGGCCAUUGUAGGAUCACCGCAGCUGGGCUUGGUAAACUGCCGUGGCAUACAAUCAAGUAUAUCGGGUUCGAAGGAUGCGAAAUCAAUGAUCUCGGGUUCAUUGGAAUGAACAAGAACCUCCAGUAUGUACAGUGGACAAUAUCCAAGUGAUGGAUAUUUGGCCACGCUCAAUGGACUUGCAAUAUUUAACCUACAUGAAAAGAGAUUUAUAUUUUUACAUUCACUAAACGAAUGCAAUAUACACCCACACCGUUCGUCCGAGACGACGUCGCACUAAGUACUUUUAGAGUUACUAUACGUGUUUUAUAGUUAUUAGACCAACUUAUGACACCCCAAUUUUGGAUACAACUAUCGUCGAACAGAGAAGAAAAAGAAUAGAUCGCAAAGCAAUUACUAUUUAUCCUACUAUAGUGUUUUGAGAGAUAGGUUUUAUUCGAUAGUAUUAGGGAUACACCCUUCAAACGGGUCGAGAACAAAUUAGAAGGUAACGAGCGCAUAAGUCGCUAUUAUUUAUUGAUACGGAUAAUAAUCAAAUUUAUUCAUCGAAUGCAACUGACGAAACACAAACAAAAAACAUUCAAAUGACUUUUGCCAAAUUGCCUAGUGUAUUUCAGUGAGUCAUUAUCAUACGAUCAAUACAUCACAAAAUUCCAGUCGAGAACUUAAUGAAGUGUUUAAUUGAGGACCAAAUUCAAAUUUCCCCCUUCUGAAGGGCUGCGCAGGAUUCACGCUUCGGUGGUUUUCCCCUCUCUCGUAUUGUUUCCGUUUUUCCGUUUCUCGCUGUACCAUCGUGAGCUCUGUUUCUAGAUUCCGGUAUUGAACUCUACUACUUACUGCAACUCGAUUUGUUUCCGUCCCACGCAAUACGCAUAUUUAACGAUCCCUAGCCGCAGCUGACAUCUCUUUCCAAGUAAUUGAAAUGAAAACAUGUUUGAAGUAACGAGUGCUAAUAGCACCCGUAGAAAGCAGCUUUAGGUCCCAGCGUUAGAACGCGGUUUAGUGUUAACCUAAAGAUAUAACAACCAGAAUGUCUUAUUAAACAAUAUAUUAACGGACCAUUUUCGAGGCGCAUUCGCGCGAUAACCAUUAGAUAAGCAGCAAAGAUAAACUCUCGAUAGCAUAAUGAUAGUAGCUAGCAAUAGGACGCAACAAGAAGGUGAUAUAACAAAUACAACAAAUAUGAAGCAUAGUUUAGGGUAGAUUAGGGAAAAAUGGGGUGAGUUCACACGCUGCUUUUCGUUUAGCUCAGUUUGCAUUAUUUUUCUUGACACUCAGAAAUUAUCCCCAAUGUCACUCUCACUUACCGAUUAAUGGUAAAUGUGGUUCUUUGAUGAUAGAGAAGAAAAUAUAUAAAACUGUUAAAAACACCACACACGGAACGGUAAACUUACGAUAGGCGCUACAGCAUAUAGGAGUGAAAUGAGAUGAAGCACAUUCAGUUGAUCUUGAGAGCGAAUUAUCUAUUAUCGAAUAAUCUUAUCAGGUUGUGUCCAAACUACGAACUAUGCUUUUAUUUUGUUCAAAUCCUCCGCUUUGCGCUUUUCUCAGCAGAAGCCCUGCUAUUAAUAUUUCCGGUCUCGAUUAGCUUAGCUGUCAUCCUUGGCGGAGAUAGUUUUGUUACGGUCAUGCGAAACCAAAUCACACACAAAAUUCCUGAACAAUUAUUUUCUUGGUGAGCCGAUGAUUGACUAGUUUGUUGAUUCCCCACACAAUUGUGUAGUUCAGAACCUUAAUGGAAUGGCGUCAGUUUGAUGUAAUGAUUGCAACAGCGAGUAAGUAAUUUGGUCGCGUCCACAGCUCAAUCCGAAACGAAGACAUGGGAUGACGCAAAACAAGGAAGAACAAGCGAUGUUCAUUGUUUCGUAUCUAUAACGAUAAUGAAAGUUUGCCUUCCUUUGCUUCCUUGAUUGAAUUAAAGAGACUUUAAACUUCUUCAGUUCAUUCGUCUUCUUCUUCUCUUCUUUGUUCACGGAGACUCUCAAUCAUUCCCCUUCGUUGAUCGCCGAUAAGUUGCUCGUUAUUGACGGCAUGGGUAGGGAACCUCACAAAUGACAAAUAUAUGGAAAAAUAGAAAUGUUUCUAGUUUUCAUCAAUUUAAACCGGUUACACACCAGGGGAUUGUAAUAUAUAGCAUAAAAAAAACAAAUCUUAGGGAAUUUCCGAUUCGUUUGGUAUGAAAAUAGUCAAAAUCUGUUUGCAUAGUUGUUAACGUUAACUUUAUUUCAUCAAAACAGGACCUGUUUUCUGAUCUGGCACCCUUAACGAAAGACGUAGUUCUACGUCAAAAAACGGAGGAUUAGAGGCGAAUGAACUUCCAAGUUUAAAGCCUCUUAAAAACAAAGAAAGAAACGGAGGAUGAAUAAAAUGUUGCUCACCGAAUUCAUCUCAAGCAAUUGGGAAUCAACGGCGUUAUGCUCCUUGUAUGAUUCGGGCAAUAACUGUGUUGAAUACAUAAUUUAUUAGUGUUUUCAUCCUUCUCAAGGAAGCACAUUUCUAAGAGGCACACAUGGACGACACAGGAGUUGAAGAGCACCGGAAAAUGUGGAACGAGUAAGAGUUUUAAUUGACCAGUCACCGGGACGGUUCAUGCUGCUGCUUGAAGAAGGCCAGGUUCAACUCAGACCCGAAUUCUUCACUAUGAUUCAAAAUUUUAUUCCUCCAAGAUCAUACUGAAAAAUUAAAUGCACGUGAUCAUGACUGUCGCAAGAGGCUACAAAUGCUGCUGUCUGCAGCAUUGUGCAACACGAAGGUGAGUGGGCAAAAUUCGUUUUGCAUAAGUCCCAGGUUUUUUUUCGUCAUCGUGCCGCUGUGUUCUUCUUGAUACCUUAUUUUCAGUUAUUAUAAUGGCUUGAUCGGGUGAGCAUCGGGGCUUCGUAAUCCGUGCCUUUUAUGAAAAUAACCAGUCAGUGAUUGCGACACAAAUAGUCUUCAGUCGUCGUUUGACUAUUCUGAAUGUGCAGUAUCGGUUCUAGAUACUGAAACGAUUCGAAAUCUAUAUACAGCAACCCUAAGGGAAUGUAAAGCUCGUUCAUUGAGUUCCUUUGGAUUGACAUUCGCCUACUAUCGGAAGUUCUUCUUGUUUAGAGCCUCGCCCAAUAUUAAGUGAGUCCUUAAAUGAUUUUAAAUUUCCGGAAAUCCAUACUUUCGCUUUAGAGUCGAAAAAGAAUGCCAAACAACUUUAUGAUUUUAUCGUACCUGUGUUCCUCUUAACGCAAACUUCUUCUUAAAUGGCGUUAACGUUCCCUGUGGAACUUUUGCCGUCUCAACGUAUGCAUUAACUAGCGUCAUUUAAUAAUACUUAUUUGAGAUUUCUUAAGCCAAAUAACACGCCUCGAAUGUAUUCCGAGGGGCAAACUCUAGAAUACUCGUGACUACAGUGCAAGGACCAUGCUCUAGUUCAGCGCACCUAUGUAAAAUCAGGUAUCCAAAUCUUUCAAAACAUAUAAAUUCGCGCAAAAAAGUAUGUUUGAGGUCAUCAGGUGUUGUCCUUCGUGCGUAGCAGAAAAAUAAAUGUCUCUGUGUUGAGUGCUGUUCACCUUUAAAAUGUCCAAGAAAAGGCAAUAUUCUGAAGAAAACCUAAAUCAAGGAUGGAUCAAUAUCUAUUUGACAUCUAUUUGAAAAUUCGAUUUUUUUUUAUGUCAAAAAUGGUGAUUUCCAAAACCGUACAAACCAUAAUCAUUUUUCGGACAAACCAUGAUCAUAAUUUCGCUUUAUAGUAUUAUUAGCAACUAGAGACUUGGGGCUUCUCAACAAACCCAAACACGUUUUGAUUAUAUGUGAUUUUCAUGAAGAAAAAUCUUAUUUUCUGGAGCUUUUUUUCAUUUCAUUAUAAAAAAUUCUUCUCACCAAACAUGCUGAUCGCAAUAUGAACAGCGUUGACUUACACCUACUUGUUUCGCCUAUUUUCCUCAGCGACAGCCCGAUACAGUGGAUCAUUUGUGCGUAAUAUUUUUGAAAUGUUUUGAUGAAAGUGAAUGUGAACAAACAAAGGCAAUCAAUUCGAUAUACAGAAAGUGAAUCACGUAUUGUAUCGUUCUGUUCUGUGUACUCAUAUUUUCUGGUGGUUUCAAAGAAGUGAAGUGACUCUUGACGUCAUUUGUCGCUAAUCAUCGCACUAUAGAAACUAUUUUUUCAAAUUUAAUUUCUCUGUUGCUACUAUAAGUUCCUUUCUUCCUUGUUUGUAUUAGAGAGGCUUUAAACGUUGCCGUUCAUUCGUCUCUAUACUAUAAGUUCCAUCUCCCUUCCAAGAAUUCACUGAGUCAACACAACAAAGCAUGCCGAACCGAUUCGUUGCUGUCGGAUAGAAGACUAUGGGCCCUAUUCCAGAAAAGGAGACUAGCAAUUCGUCUCGUCUCGUCUCGGCUUCAGUCACUAUCGAGACGAGCAAAAUAUCCCAUUACAGUACACGAGUUUCAUUGAAAUGUUUUGUUUGGUAGACUGGAGAGACUUCAGUCAGUUUUUCUCGGUAUGAUCAGUGAUGUCAGAUUAGAAAACAUGUUUUUGUUUUGAGAAAAACAACAAACAGUUUUAAAAUUGAUCAAUCGAUACUCUUUUCUCAGUGCCAAAGUAUUAAAAAAAACAUAACAAAAAGGAAUAACUUUCAUAUAUCUUUUGGUUUCAUUGAUAUUUUUCCUCGAGCAUAUGGUUUCAUCACUCAGACGUUUUGUUAUUUCUGAUUUAUUGGGGGCAAUGUUUGUUCACCUAAUCAACGAUUUAUCAAGAAAAGUUUUAAAUCUAUAUAUUAAACAAACUAGACGAUUCGACUGAUUCAUUGACGAGCGCGGCCAAACGGUCGUCGAACCAGACAAGCUACUCGUCUGUUUUUAGUCGAGCUCGGCUUCUGAAAUAUGAAAACAAUCGAGACGAGCGCUCGUCUGCUCGUCUCGUUUUCUGGAAUAGGGCCCUAUAUUUUUCGACGAACACGGCUUCUUGGUUUCUUGUUCCCACCUCUUCGGCAAUUCAGCAACAUGUCCCGUCCAUCGCAAUCGUCUUGCUUUUGCGACUUUCUGGAUGCUGAGUUCGACCACUACCUCGAGCUCGUCACCGUUAUUUACAACGUUUCCAUAAACAGCGAUUUUGUUGCGAUCAACUCCUCCCGGGAGCAUGUAUUCAGUCCUAGACGCAUUGAUCCUAUGCCCAAUCAACCCUGGUUCGUAUUUCAGUCGGAUACACUAGGCUGUGGCACUUGCCAAGUUGAAGGUUUCAGUUCACAUAAAAAAAUAUAUCGUGAAAGAUUGUUGUUCUGGCUUACACUGGUUCGGGAAACUGUCUAGGACAUGAUGGGAUGAGCGAUGAGCAUUCUUCGAGAGAAGCCACAAAAACUCGGAAUAACCCCUCUCAAAGCGAAUUGACGAUGUUAUAAGCUUCUUGGCCGAGUUCUGAUGGUGCUCGAGACGUAAAAUAUAAGAAUCUCGAUGAUCUUCCUGCAAGACAGUGGGGUUGAUUUCCAGCUUUGUAAUCCAUUCGGGUCGACCUGGUAACUUCCCACAAACGGUAGUUUUCAUAAUCCAGCUUGUCACCUCUUUUAAUAGAUGAUAUAAAUUACCCCUUCUUUCCAAUCCCCCCGUUAGCUGUUCCAUGUACCAGAUCAUGACUAUCAACCGGUACAUGAACUCGAUAAGUUUUCCGGAGUUCCCUUGAAAUGCUCCGUUGCGUGGCCAUCUUUACCAACUGAUGUGUGGUUCUUUAGCUGAAUAAUGGCCUCCUUAACUUCACCUAUCGUCGGGGGUCCAUGUUUCCGAAAUUGCGACCUUGAGUUCUUCAAUCGUGAUGUACCGUUUUCCCUCAGUGUAGAUUCUACGUACAAGGAUCCCCCUAAGGUUUUCAACAGGAUGCAAAUCUGGAGAGUAAGCCGACCAGUCCAAAACAUUAGGUUUUUAGUCCUUAAUCCAAUGCUUUCCUUGCUGAUAUGAAUAAUAGCAUUGUUUUGCUGGAAUGUGAAUUUUUGGUGACGAUAUCCACACAAAAACGGUAGAAGAGAGGAUUCUAGAACAUGUAUGUAAUCAUUGAAUGAUAUGAAAACCGUCUUGAGUUUUCCGGUUUCACAGAAUCCCGCCCAAACCAUGCACGAGCCUCCACCAAAAUUCCUGAUUGAAAAAUACUAUUCCUUCUUCUGUAAAUCACGCCAGUACCCGUUGAAACCAUCACGACCAUCCUAAUUGAACUUUUUUUCGUCAGUGAAGAUAACCUAUACAUUGAAGAACUUUUCGUUAUGGUAUAUAGCAAAAAGUAUUCUUUUGGAAACAUUCUUUGUCACAACAUACAAUGUCCCACUGUCGGUUCAUGUGAGCUUUGGCAAAACUCAGACGUCUUCCGAUGUGAGAUGGUGUAAGAUAAGGAGCUCUAACCUUUUAAGCCUUCUUUAUGUGAGGAUUUUUUACCAAAACUUGACGAAUUGUCCCCCGAGUAAUAUCUAAAUUGAAAUAUUGCUUUAUUUGCAUGAGCGAUUUUGUGGUAUUCGAAUCUGUUCUAGCUAUUUUCCGCUUAUUCCGGUCAGAGAGCUUCGAUUUACGUGGAGCUCUCUCCUUCUUACCGUAUCCUUGAAGAUUCGUCAAUUAAUUGAGCACUACUUGAUGGGAUCGUCCAAUUCGACAAGAAAUUUCUGUGAUACCAACAUUUUCUUGGUGAAAUGCAUCGAUUUGUCUUUCUUUUCUCUCUGUGAGCACUUUUCCCUUCGGCAUUUUCUAGAUUUAUUGAUCAAAACAACUAAAACAACGGAAAAAUGUAACUGGUCUUAUAGAAACUUGACCCUUGGAAAAUACAAAACCUUUGGUUUACGCUCCGCGCUUUCACACACACAUAUGAAAAUCAUGCAGUGUAUGGUAGUCACCAAUACCAACACACUAGAAUAUAAGUUGAAGCAUUGUUUGUUUACAAUGACACGAAGCAGCAAGAUCAUCACCUGGUCUUAUAAAAGUUGGACAGAGUGUAGUGGUCUGAAUCAAUGUUAGCGCCUCAAAAGGUUCUGACAUCGAUUAUGUCUGUGCCGAUCAUAUGUCAAAGCGUCGUCGAUGUGUGUUUCCACUACGUGUGGCCAUGUUCUUGGAGACAGAAAUAUCGAUCAGCCUAAUCCCAUUUUUGUUGGUUCGUUAUCAAAUUAUUGGACUGAGCUCUUUCUCUUGACCGACCUGAACGUUUAAAUUAUUGAUGGCAAUUUUUAUGUCAUGUUUUGGACAGCGAUCGUAUUCACGCUUUAGCUACGCGUAGAAUUUUUUUCGUCAUCCUAGCUGUGCACGUUAAUGACGCCGAAAUUGAAAAAGUAACCUAGCAUUUUCUUGGAGGUUUGGCAUCCCAGGCUCGGGAAGUUCUGCGGCUAAGCAGCAAUAGACAAGACAGCGUUUCGCUGGAAUACGCUGCGUGAUCAUUACCCCAAAAAGGUGUCAAACGAUAGGUUAGUUCAGUAUUUUUCCCAUCUAACUAGUGCACGAAUCAUCCUCUGCAAGCACACCAUCUCGAAAAAAUGUGGAUUCUAACAUGGGGGCAUAUUUGUCCGUUUUUCUUUAGAAUGUGAUAUCGUGUAUUAGCCUAGAGACUAUCCUAGCCUAGAGUUGAACCUUCCUUUGAUCGCGAAAAGAACGUCCAUCACCUUCCGCUUGACCAAUAUCUUCAAUUCAAUUCUGACUCGAAGUCAGUGUUAAAAAGGAGUGUUUUUCUAGUGAACCUUUGUCCUGUCGAUCUGGAGAAUAUUAUUGUCUAUUGAAAACGUGAUUCCUACUUAAUCUGGCCACAUCGAAAGAGCCUUCGGCGAUUAUCUCCUAUUAAUCAUUCCACAUUGGUGUUAGGGGUGAUCAACAAUAUAUGAUCGGCAUUUAUGAUAAGUUUGACUGCAUCAGACAUCGAAUUCAUCGCUACUAAAAAAAAGUGACCGAUACGACAACACCUUUAGGAACGUAAUUUUCUGCAGUGUUCUCGCUAGAGAGGCAGUCUCCUACUGCCCUGCGUAUUGAAAUACUGUCCCGCUCUACGAAGGCAGACCGGCUCGAUUGGUGAUUUCGAAGUUGUCUUACGAUACGUGUUAUGGCAACAUCUCAUCUUUUUUCGAAUAAUAGAUAAGCUAUCGAAGUUAAUAACACACGUCUUUUAGUAGUGUGUAGCCAAAACACCUGAAUUUACAUCUGUUUCAACUCUCAACCUGAGCAAAAUUUUCCGGAAAAUCACUCACUCCUGCAUGCUGUAGCGUGUUUAGGGCAACUACACUAAUGUUUGAUAUAUGAAUAUAUUUACUCUUAAUAAGCUGGGAUGAGACAACUACCCGCGAUACACACUGCUAGUUCAGCUUUUGAAUUUAGGGAAGCAAUACACUCAACUAAAUUAAACAAAUAAAUAGAACAGUAAGCUUUACAAUAUUUCAACUACAAAAACUAUAUUAAAUCAGUCACAUUAAGAAUAUGAUCCCUGACGACUCUAAAUGAUUUAACUUCCACUUUACGGCAUGUUUUCGAAUUUCAACGAAAUAUUUUAAUUCUAAUAAAACAUUUUAACUGUGUUACAACUUGGAAAAAACUUCAUCAUCGCAUUUUCGUGUAUAUCGAUGUUAAUAUUCGCAAUUAGAAAAUAUAAGAACACCUGAAACUAAACACAGUUCAGAAAACAUAAUAUAUACGUUAAAAAUUACCUCUUUCGGAAUAUGCGAAUCAAAAUUAUGUCCGACAGAUGUAUGGGACAAGGAAAUCCACAAAAAAAAUGGACACAAUUUAUAACGUCAUCACAAACACCAUUUUAUAUGUAUAUGUAAAACAAAUAAGAUAGCGAUAGAGUGGAUUAUUUUAAAGAAAUUACAAAAUUUUACUAGAAAGUUGAAGAAUACAAAAACAUUUUAGCUCGAAAAAUUAAUUAAAAACAUACACACAAAACCAGUGCAUUAGAAUCACGCGAUUGAAGUGGUCAAAUUUUUACUACAUUAUUUACACGAACGUAGAGAUUCAAACAUUACACGUAUUAUAUAAACAAACAAAAAAAACGCAGAUAUUAGAACGAAUAGGAUUUCUCUUUCUCUUUAACAGUAUAGUUUUAUUUUUUCCCCACCUACAACAUUUUCAUAUACAGUACAUUUUUAGUUUUUUUUUUAAUUACGAUUAACGAUACUUCUAGUACUCUAUGUGUUGCAUUAUCGAUAAGGUAAUUUAAAUGUUCGUCUACUUGAAAGGUGUUUCUCUGUUCUUUUUUAUAAUUGGUUCUAUCUUUGUUUGCGUUUCUGAACAUUUUUUUCCACCUUGAGAAGAAAACGUCAAAACUUAAUGAGAACAGUAAUUGCAGCCGAUCCAGGAUGAAAAAGCCGAAACAAAAAAAAAAGAAAAUAAAAAGAACAAUAGGGAAUGAGAUACUAAGAUUUUUUCUGUUUUGAUUUAAACUAAUACAGUAUUCUAGCGCAAAACGAACAAGGAAUGAUAAAGUUGACACAGAGACAAGCGAAAAGAAAAAUCGAUCCAAAAAUACAUCUAGCUAUCUUCUUCUCGCAAUAAUUAUUUAUUUAUUGGAGCAAUUUCAUUCGAUACUGUUAAAACGUAAGGAUGGCAAACCUCUGCAGCUAAAGAUCACAAAACAAUGGACAGGAUUCCCCUCUAAUAGGAACCCAGUGUUUAUUCAGUAUCUUCUCGAAUCCGGAGAAUCUCAACCAAUACUAUCGUAUAAUCAAUAAAGUUUUCAAGUAGAUGAAAGCUUGAUGUGUUUUUUUCUCUCUCUCUUAAUCCUUUACUAACGCUGUAAAUCAUUCUGUCUAUUAGUUUGUCCUCUUAUAGUAACAAUGUGAAUUUCCCUUACUUCGAUCGAUGACAUAUACAUAUCUAUAUUUAUCGUUUCCCUCCGCUGGACUGUCCGCAGGUGUCUUAAACCUUUUUAGCGGUCGAAAUCGGGUUCUGCUUGAGCUGCAGAACAAUCGAACGCAUCCGCGAGAUGUCCUUGCUCGAUUUGUUCGUCUUUGGGUUGAAGUCGCACAGCUUGGCGAUGCGUUCCCACUCGGUGCCCGGCUCGAUUUCGUCCGUUUCGGCCACGAACUGCUUCUCGGCGUUCCUGCGGGGU